AUGAUAAAUUACAUUACAAGUAUAGCCAUUCUAUUUACAAUUGCUGAGCUUUCCUCAUUCUCCCAAUAGCAAACAUGCCUUAGCCAAUUACCAUUAUUUUACAAUCCAAUUAGCACUGGUGCGACUCCUUUGCAGAUUUUAUAUGAGGAUGAUCACGAUUAUAUUUUCAGCUUUUAUAAGAAUAAUAAUGAUUUGGAUGCAUAUUGGUCUACUGGCAACGGGAUUUUGAGAGGUGCUCUUAGGCUUUCUCCAGGACCAGCAUCUUUUAGUCAUGCUAUUUUAUCUAAAAGCUAUAGCUACAUCAUUUUUGGAGGAUCAAGCAUUGGAAUAAUGCGUGUCUCCUUCAGUUCUUUCACAUUGAAUGCUUUGCAAAAUUAUAAUGUAACUCAAGAUUAGAACUAAAAUUAAUUUAUUCCCGUAUCGCUACGUGAGAAUUAUAAAGUUAUAUUCUUGAGCUAUUCAAAUGCAGGAGUUCAUUUGCUAAAGGUCACUUACUUCGGUCCUAAUGUAGUCGAAUGGAUAAAAAGAAUAGAUGGAUUAGCUGAAAGUUUCUAUUCAAUACACUUUGACGUAAGUCCAUUUUAUGAUUUUGCAUAUUGGGCGCAACCUAUCUCAACAAGCAGUAAUUAUCACUUAUGGAAAAUUAAUAUCAUUGAUGGGACUUUUCUAUAAGGAUUCUCGUAUUCUAAUGUAAACUACCCUGCAGAGUCAGAUUCAUUUUUAUAUAAAACUUCAUUGAGUGCUUCAGGUACUAAUGUUUAUUAAGCCAGUUGUCUAUAGAUGAAAUCGGUAUUGGUCUCUCCAAAUGAAUUUAUAGGCAUAAUUUAUGAUGCCGAAAAUGUUACUGUCUUCCAGAGCUGGGAAAUCCAAAAUCCAUUGUAUAGUACAUAUUGCAGUGACUUAUACUUGGACAAGGCAAAUAGCAAAAUUACAGUAGUUAUAGAAAAUGUAGAUUCUAAUCUUGACAUAUUUGUUAGCUAUAUAGUAAUAAAUAUAGGAUCUAAUGUGGCCUAGAUUGGAUAAUUACUGGACACUAAUUCAAAUUAAAGGAUAAAGCUUAAAGAUGGAUAUAUUACUGGAAGAUAACAGUUAUUCUAAGCUUAUGCCACUGAAUCCCUUAUAUUUUUAUCAAGAAUGACAGAAUUUGACACAUAAGUUUAGGGUAACAUGCCAUCUAUGCUUUAUAAUUAUCCGAAAACAUUUUGCUCUGAACUGCUAUUUUCUAAAACUGGAAUCACUCUAACAUCGGGCUCAUUCCAAAAAGAUUCUGAUUUUACAUACACAUAAACUGCUUUAUCUACUUUGACCAAUGUUAUUAAAAACUAGAUUUCUUAAGUAACAGUUACUAAUAUUACAUCUUUAGUAACGAGAGAUACUACCCCAUCAAUAUGUAACUAUAGGGCAGAUCCGCCAACAAUAGUCCCUACAUAUUUCCAAGGCUAUAAUGAGUAUUUGAUUGGGAGUCCUGCUUUAAUAGUUGAAUUUCCACCUUAUUAAGUAAUCACCACUUGCCCAGAAAAUCAAGUUUUAUAGUAUUAGUACUGGUCAAGUGGAAGUAACACAAUUUCUUUAAGUCUUUAUUACCAUGAGUCAACGAGAAGAUUUAUGAAAUACUAAUUCAAUGAUACUAAAAAAAAUGGAACUUAUAUAUAUUUCUACCAGAUUAGUUUGCUAGAUGGUACAAAUAUGUACACUGGAAAUUUCAAAAUCAAUUUUACUCUUCCAGUUGUGCAACAAAAUCAAUCUACAAAUCUAAGUAAUUCAACUAAUUCAUCAUUACUAGUAGAAAUUUCUCCUCCUUAUUUUACAUCUUCGUUGUAAGUGAUUACAGUAUAUAGUCUUGGAACAUAAACAUCAAUUCUUCCUAAUGCUUGA